AUGAUCCCGGCAGUCACCUUCAUGGACUGGCUUGAAGAGCGCCGCGACGAGCGAGAGUACCACGAGAAGGGAUAUCUCGCCCGUCAUGGCAAGAUUCCACUUUCGACUUUCCAAAUCAACGGCAUGAUCCCAAGAGUCGGCGGCAAGAAGCUUGAUAUCGAGUCCUUCAAGCUGUACGACGACGAGGGCAACGAAAUCCGGUUCGACUACACCGAGGAGGGUAGAGAUCAGGCCUGGAAAUUCCUGGAAGAAGCCGCCGAGCGGCGUGGAGAAACGCUCAUCCGCCCCAUACCGUUCAAGACGAAGGGCAUACGGGGAAUGGUGAAGGACGAGAUUUUGGGAGUGUUCUCCAAGGUCGGCAAAGCGAAGAGGGAGAAGCGCGCACAGCAGGCAGCGAUGGAGCUGAUGGCGACGAGGCCGCAGGCGACGACUUCGCAGGCCAUCUUUUGCCAGACACCAGAUGCGGGCACCCCCAUGCCACCAGCACGACCUGUCGUCAAGGCCAGACCCAAGGCUGCGGGCUCAAGUCACACUCCUCGUACCGUCGCGAGUCCGUCCAGAUCGCCAGCGAUGGCGCGUCUGCCAUCGUCUGGCUACGACUCUGUGCUUGCUGACUCCGGUCUCGAGAUCCGCCAAGGCCAGUCGCAGCAAAAUGAGGAUAUGGGGGUGGGUGAGGGAAAAGGAAGAGUCGUUGCAGUCCAGCCAGAAGAUUGA